GGUAACGGUUGCUAAGUGAAGUUGGAGAGGAGUGAGCGGAGCGAGAGAGAGGUACAGCAUAUAGUAAUACAAUGGGAUAUGAUAUUGAGCGAUUUGUAGGCUAUGUAAAUGAAGGAUUGCUGUGUUGCAUCUGUCGAGAUGUGUUGGAGAAUCCUUUACAGGCUCCGUGUGAACAUGCCUUCUGUACUACUUGCAUUCAUGGCUGGCUCGUGCAGAAUCAUAAUUGCCCUGAAGAUCGUCAGGCUCUGGAUGUAUCCAUGCUUCGACCAUUGUUUAGGUAUAUGCGAAAUGAUUUGAAUCGCCUACAGAUUUGGUGCAAAAAUAGGCAGCAUGGUUGUGAAACAAUCUGUUCUUUAGAAGCUGUUGACAGGCACGAAAGAGAAUGUGAAUACAGCCAAAUUCCUUGCUUAAAUGCUGGUUGUACUGUUCAGGUAGAGCGACGCAAUCUGGAUUCUCACUUGGCAGUAUGUGAAUAUCGAAGUCGUGAAUGCCCAAAUGGAUGUGGUUAUGCUAUCCUUAGUGCAGAUGAUGCUCAACACAACUGUAUAGCAGAGUUGAGGACUGAAUUAGAAUUGCUCAGGUCUGAAAUGAUUUGUAAAAUUGAAGAAGUAAGGCAUGAAAUGGAGUCCCGUUUAGAUUCCCAAAGGAGGCAUAUGGUCCAGAAAGAAAGUGUGCUGCAAAAUGAAAUUGAGGAACUUAAAAGUCAGAUGUCACGUGUGAUGUCAGAUAUGCGGACACUCGUUGCAGAAGAAAGACAACAUCGUCAGGAACUCGAACAAGCAGAACUUGAAAAAAGAGAACUGAUGGAAUUGUUGAAAAGCCUGCAUAAAGAAAAUAAGCUUACCACUGGGGAGGGAAGUGGCAAAAGAAACACUGGUGGCAGACCUCUGAACCGACUAGAAAGCAUGAAAAGAAAACCUAAAGAAGUCACUAUUAUCUAGGAGAUGAAUCUUAAAUGAUUAAGUCAUUUGCUGAACUUCUCAGAAGAUCUGAUUUCAAGUAUUGCUGUCGGAUUUCUACAAAAUGUAAGAAAUUCAUGAUGUUGUGGAGCAUUUUCCUAUUAUGAAGAGGAUAGAUAGCUUGAGUAUCCUGCCUGUCCAGAAACAAAAACAACAAUCACUGAGUUAUAUUACUGACAAUGAUUAGAUCAGUUAUUGUGUUUGCACUUUAGCCACAUAACCUUUCAAGAGGUUACCAAUUCUUCAUAGGCAAAAAUGUAAUAAAUCAGAAUUUAAAGAAACCA